AGAUGUGGCAACGGCGCCCAACCGACUGGGAUGGGCGCCAGUCCGACAGUCGAUUCAAGAAAUUGCAAAUCGGCAUUCGCUGAACCACGCUGAACGGUGUUUUGUUUAUCAUUCGUUUCGUUUUUCGCUAAACGCAGUGGAAUGUUGAAGACAUCAAUCAGGAGUACCCAUCACCAGAGGCGUCCUGCUGAAACAUAGUUGGAAUAAAACUAUACACCUUUCAGAAUUGAUGGCAAAAGUAAAACGGAAAAUAUUUGCAUUUCUUGCAUAUAUCCUUCUAGUCAGCUCAGCUGAGGACUUACCAUGCUUGAAGAUAAAUAUCGAUAGUACCAUAGACUACGAACCGCACAACAAAACUGUCACUUGCACCAAUUGUUUCCUGGAAAAAUUGGACCCAACUGCUUUCAACUUUUCGGAAAAUUGCAUCGAAGAGCUGGUACUGAAAAAGAGCUACAUCAACCAUAUCCAACCGAAAACGUUCGCCCUUUUGACAGGUCUGAAGAAGCUCGACCUCAGCCACAAUUCCCUCUACGUCUUAUCAUCAGAAACGCUUGUCGGUCUUCGAAACGUGGCUCACCUAGAUCUCUCCUUCAACAGCAUUGGUUCCCUCCGGAAUGAUACUUUCGCCAACUUGACUCAAUUGACCCACCUGAAUAUUUCCCACAAUGGUAUGGUGAAAAUAGAAACAAGCGGAUUCUCAGGUUUGAUCCAACUCCGAAGCCUCGAUCUAGGGUACAAUCAAAUUAAUAUGUUACGUAAUGUUUUCAAGCCAUUGAAGAGUCUUUUAUGGUUGAAUUUGGAGUUCAACAAACUGAAGACUCUCGACCAUGAUGACAUCGAUUCCAACAGUUUCAUCAGUUUCAUAAACGUAGGUUAUAACUAUAUUCGAAAUGUUUAUCUGGCGAAAGCUAUUUUAGUAGGGCAGCCAACUCUAGUUUUCAAAGGUAACCAAAUAUUCGGGUUAAAAGGCAACUUCCUUCCCAAAUUCUCCAUGAUAGUUGAGAUCGAUCUGAGCUACAACGGAAUGGCAUUCAUAGAUGAAGAAGCGAUUUCAGCAGUGUUAUCCAUGCAGAAGCUGGAUCUUUCUUACAACGACCUGGAAACGUUGCGGUUGAACAUGUUCGGCGAAAGCCUAGAGGUGGGUUUGCUCGAUUGUUCCCACAAUAUGAUAACACGCGUAGACCUCGGCAAUAAUCAUUUAUUUUCUCAUCCAAGGAUCAGGGAACUUGAUCUAUCCUAUAACAAAAUCAACUAUCUUCCGGUAACAGAACUAGGCGACAUCGGAGUCAAGACUCUCCAUUUAACCAACAAUCCCGCCACCUGUGAGGACCAAGUUUCUUACUACAGAUACUUUUCGGACAAAGGGGACUACUACAUCGGUUCAAGUGAAUGCGAUUACACCCGAACCCCUGAGGAAAAAACACCCCCAAAUACAUAUUCCAGAGACGAUUCGUGGAAUUCGCAUCACGCUUACGUCGAUCACACCCCCACAAAAAGCAUGUCCAAAUGGCGAAUAUUCCUGAUAAUCUUAGCGGUAGCGAUCGUCAUAGCCAUCAUAGGCUGGGUAUGCAAAAAUAAACUGACCACCACCACCACCAGGCGUACAGAAUACCCUAGAAGCACCGUCCCCAGAAGGGAAACCACCCCUAACGACUACGAAAUUGACGUCCCCGAAACCAACCAUGACAUUCUCAUCCCCAUCAUGGCCACCGAGAUAUUCGCUCCCACCGCUCCCAUCGAUUCCCACGAACCCUUGACGCCGCCUCCCGCCUACGAUGACGUCAUCAAGUGGGACAGCAAAAGGGGCAGCUGCGAUCCACCCAGCCACGAUUGGGCGCAACGGAACCACCACAAUGGGAGCAGGGACGCCCAUGGGGCUGCCGAGGGGGUUGGUCGAGAUGGGGAUGAGAGUAAUGUGGGGGAAGGAGUGGGGAAUAUUGGGGAAGAGGCUGACAGCCAUGGACAUCACGAGGAUUCUGGAGGGGGUUGUCAAGAUGGCGAUCAAAAUACUUCUGGAGGAGGUGGGGAUAGUGGAGGAGGUGGGGAUAGUGGAGGAGGUGGGGACAAUGGAGGAGGGGGUUGUGACAGUGGAGGUGGUGGAGAUGGUGGAUCUCACGAUUGACGUGAAUCUCGUGAUACAGGGUGCGAUGAAUAAGUGUCGAACAUUCAAGGAAAGGACUCCUUGACAUAUUCUAUGAAGAAAAUGCCUUAUAUGAUUUUUUUUCUGUGACGGGAAAUGAGUUUGACAUUUCAUAUCUGUUGGCAGGUUAUGCAAUGUUAGUUUUCAUAAAUUACUUUUUGCCCACGGGAAAAAAGUGACUAUCAUUUUAUUUUCGUUUACAAAAAGCAAGGGAGUACAAUUUUUUUUUAAUCUUCAGAAUACAUUCCAUACGGACGCCAGUGGUAAAAUUAUUAAAAAAUCUACAGCAUCAAAAAAUGCCCAUUGGCACAUGUCAAAUUUUAUGAAAAUAUUUAGAACAGUAUUGAAGAUAUGAUAACGACUUUUUUCUUGAUAUUCCAACAACCUAUAGCUCUUAAGUUGAGAGCUUAGGAACCAUAUCCUGAAUUUUUAGCCAUCAAUUAAGUAACACCCUGUAUACACUGUUGAUGGCUUUUGCUGUGCUAUAGUUUCGACAAAUAAGCCAAUAACACUUCGUUUUAUUUUCAAUAAUACUUCCCUACAUAUUUUUACAAUUAUUUAUUCACACCCUGUAACAUGUAACACAUACAGGGCUACCUCGUUCAUGAAGCUUUUUUCAACAUAAGAUAAGCUUUUAGAAAUAUUUUUGUAUAAAUCUUAUUUUGAAAUCCUCCUGUGAAUUAUACCAAGUAAAAUAUAAGCCUGCAAACAUUUUUAUGGGUAUAAUAAUUAUUAUAGUGCCUAUUCUCAAAGCAGUCCUAGCAAACUAUGAUAUAUGUAUCACUGGCUAUAAAUAUUUUUGGGGAAAAAUUGUAUAACAUUAAUGUCACCGAAUGUCACUGAAUUAUUUCAAAAUCAGGUGGGCAAAUAGUUUUUGAAAGUGAAAGAAUCAAUUUUCAGAUAGUGAAGUGCAUAUUACAUUCAAAUUCAUGCCCUUAUCAACAAGAGUUCAUAAUAAAGAAGACAAAUAAAUUUGCACACAUGUUAUAGGCUGAUAUUAUUUUUGUGAUGACUUAGGUAUUAAAUGUUAAUGUACACCUUAAUUAUUUUGAAUAAAAAUAUUUUACCAC